CCCUUAUACACAUACUCUUACUUCUAAAUUUUGCAAUACUUUUUUCAAUUUUAUAAUUUUAUUUUUCACUUAACGUACGUCUUUUUCAUAGAACAAUACUUCGGUUCCUACUCUAUGUACGUACCCAAUUAAACCAUCCGGUGGACACCAACCAGUCAAUCAAACUUGCCGAUAAACCUCAGAUCACUUGUCCUUAAAUAUAUGUUUCUCUAAAUGACAUAAUGGAAUGAAGAAAUGUACUUCUGCCCAAGCUUCACUGCUCUAGUUCAUCAUCAUCCGCCAUCAUAGAUUUUUAGCCAGCCAUCAUGCAUGCAUCAAAUCCAGCUCGACUGCAAAGCUUGUUACAGACUGCAGUUCUAUCUGUUCAGUGGACUUACAGUCUUUUCUGGCAACUUUGCCCACAACAAGGGAUGUUGGUGUGGAGAGAUGGGUACUAUAACGGAUCCAUAAAGACGAGGAAAACCGUACAGGCCACGGAAGUUAGAGCCGAAGAGGCGUCGCUCCACAGAAGUCAGCAGAUUAGGGAGCUUUAUGACUCCCUUUCCACCAGCACCGCCACCGCUGAAGAUGCAAAUGGUGGUGGCGGAGGCCAGCAGCUAGCUGCAAUGCGGCGUCCCCCUGCUGCGCUAUCCCCUGAGGACUUAACUGAGUCCGAGUGGUUCUACCUCAUGUGCAUCUCCUUCUCUUUCCCACCUGGUGUUGGGUUGCCUGGAAAGGCCCAUGCAAUACAGCAGCAUUUAUGGCUCACCGGUGCAAAUGAGGUCGAAAGCAAAGACUUUUCCAGGGCAAUUCUCGCCAAGAGUGCUCGGAUACAGACUGUUGUUUGCAUUCCUCUAUUGGACGGCGUAGUUGAACUUGGAACCACAGAAAGGGUUAAAGAAAACUACGCAUUCAUCCAACAUAUCAAGAACCAUUUUAUGGAGCCCAAUCAUCAUCCAAAGCCAGCGUUAUCUGGGCACUCCUCAUCGGAGCCGUCUCAAUUCUUCUCUACCGCCAUGCCACCUUACCACCACCAACAAGCUCACGCACAAGAAGAAGAUAAGGAAGAUGAAGACAAUGAUGAUGACGAAGAAGACAAUGAUGAUGAAUUGGGAGAAGAUGGUGAAGAAGAUGAAGCAGCAUAUUCAGAGUCAAAUGGAGAUGUUGAUGGGCCUACAAACCAACCCGAUCAAUACAUGAUGGACGCAGAAGUAGACAACAUUAAAAACAAUAACAGUAACAAUAACAGCACCAACACCGUAACUACUAAUGGUGUAGUUGUAAAUCAAACCACUCCAGUGGCAGCAACUGUUAUUAUGGGUGAAACAAACAUGGCUAAUGAGCAGAUGAUACAACUUGACAUGUCUGAAAGUAUUAGGCUCGGAACACCCGAUGAUACAUCCACUGAUUUGGAUUCACAUGUUUACCCUCGCGUGAAACGCUCUUGUUGCUUACCUCUUCAAGGAGCCCCUCACAUAGAUGACUUCCCGCAAGAGGACACGAUCUACUCCGAAACAAUAUCAACCAUUCUUGGGCACAAAUGGUCUGAGCAGCCAACUACCACAACUCAUGACUACAUCGUCCUUUCUGCUAGUUCUGCCUUCUCAAAGUGGUACACUCAUUCUGGUCACCAAAACACAAAAGCUAGCUCAUCCCAGUUGAUCCUCAAAUACACCCUUCUCACAGUCCCUUUUCUCCAUGCAAAGAACUCCAUGGCAACUACCCCGUCAUCCAAGGUCUGGAAACCCACAACAGACCAAGAAGAGCCGAAUGGCAACCACGUUCUCGCAGAACGACGUCGCAGGGAGAAGCUCAACGAGCGCUUCAUCAUCCUUCGGUCUCUUGUUCCUUUCGUCACAAAAAUGGACAAAGCAUCGAUCCUCGGAGACACCAUCGAGUACGUCAAGCAGUUACGGGAGAGAGUGAAAGAGUUGGAGUCAUCAACCCUCAGGAUCCACACCCAAAAAACUAGGGCCAGCAAGACUGUUAUGUGUUCUAGGUUGGGAGGGAAUGACAAUGAUGAUGAGGAGGAGGCAGUGGGGAUGGUGGUUCAAGUAGAGGUUUCGAUCAUAGAGAGUGAUGCGUUGGUGGAGCUAAGGUGCACCUACCGGGAGGGUUUACUAUUGGAUGUGAUGCAGAUGCUUGGGGAGUUUGGCCUUGAAAUCACAACAGUCCAAUCUUCUCUUAAUAAUAAAAUCUUUUUUGCUGAAUUGAGGGCUAAGGUAAAAGAGAAUUCAAAAGGCAGGAAAGCAAGUAUUCUUGAAGUGAAGAAAGCAAUACAUCGUAUCAUUCCUAGGUAUUAAGUAAUUGGCCAUUAGGCUAUGGCCAAUGUUAUCGACAUAAGCAUAGUAUCACUGUAAAAUAUAAGGUAUAAAUUAUUUGGCUAAAAUAUAAGCAUAGUAUCACGCCAUUUGGCUAAUACCGUAUAAUGCCUUGCACACCGCCUAGCCUAAGAAUUGAUUUUAGUCAUCAUAACGGCUGAAUUGUUUUUUUUUUUGGAUAAACUGUAAAUAUAUAAUACCAAAUUGUUUAUGUACACCAUAUGUACAAUACAUCCAACAUAUAUCGUCAUGGCAAUCUCAAGUAAAG